ACGGAUUAGCCAAUAUCACUUGGUUUUUGAAUUUGCGAGAAUGCCUGAGCCAGCGAAAUCCGCGCCCAAGAAGGGCUCUAAGAAAGCUGUCACCAAGACCGCUGCGAAGGGAGGAAAGAAGCGCAGAAAGUCAAGGAAGGAGAGCUACGCCAUCUACGUAUACAAGGUCCUGAAGCAAGUGCAUCCUGAUACUGGCAUUUCUUCGAAAGCAAUGGGUAUCAUGAACUCCUUCGUUAAUGAUAUUUUUGAGCGUAUUGCUGGUGAAUCUUCCCGUCUGGCUCACUACAACAAGCGUUCUACCAUCACUUCAAGGGAGAUUCAGACCGCUGUGCGCCUUCUGUUGCCAGGAGAGUUGGCCAAACACGCAGUGUCUGAGGGCACCAAGGCCGUCACAAAGUAUACCAGCUCAAAGUAAACUGACGUGCAACGGAUCUUAACCCAAAGGCUCUUUUAAGAGCCACC